AUGGCUGUCUGCGAAGGAUCUACAACAUCUUCUGGCCCAACAAAAUUUCCAACAACGACCUGUACCAGAAGACUGGGUGCACAAGCAUCGAUCUUGAAAUCAAGAAACGCCGGCUUAGAUGGCUGGGACAUGUCUUACGAAUGUCGCCAGAGAGAAUACCCAAGGUUGCCCUUAGGUGGACACCUGCAGGCAAAAGAAAAAGGGGAAGACUCAAAACCACCUGGAGAAAGACAGUUGAAACUGAACCAAGUGAGAUGGGUGUUUCAUGAGGAGAGGCACAGGAUACUGCUUAAGCGCAUUGACAAGGCUAUCGAUUCGACACUCGGAGAAGAACAGACCGUGUUUAGAAGAGAAAGAGGUUGUAUGGAUCAGAUAUUUGCUUUACGAAACAUCCUGGAACAGUCUCUCGAAUGGAAUACGUCUCUUUGCAUCAACUUUAUCGAUUUCCAAAAGGCAUUCGAUAGAGUACACCGAGAAAGUCUAUGGAAGAUCCUCCAAGCAUAUGGAUUACCACCCAAGAUUAUCAACCUUAUUAAGAUGUUCUACGACAACUUCGAAUGUAGUAUCAUCCUUGGAAACACCAUUACAGAAACAUUUCCAGUAAAAUUGGGAGUGUGCCAGGGCUGCAUACUCUCGCCUAUUCUCUUCCUUGUUACAACCGACUGGGUGAUGCGUCAGGCAACUUCCCUGCGCUUUCGUGGAAUACAGUGGACUAUCUUCUCUCACCUUCAAGACCUUGAGUUUGCUGAUGAUAUUGCCAUCCUUUCUUCAACACCUACUCAUCUUCAGAAGAAGUCAGACGAUCUCAAUACAAAUGCCAAGAAAACGGGACUGAUAAUCAGCAAAAAGACAUCCAAAAUUAUGUGUGUCAACUCUGGUACAUCGUGA